GUUGUUAUUCGGAACUGAUUAAAGACACUGGAAGAGCUAUGAUAGAUCUGCAGACUAUUAUCCGGCUCUCCUUAGUUGUCGUGGCACUUGUUGUCGUCGUCAGCCCCCUGUUGGUACAUAGUAAAAGCGUGGUCUUUGGCCAGCAAAGCCCAAAUGCACGAUUACUCUACGCGACGCAUGUGGCAGAGCCUUCCAAGUUCUUUCGCAUUACAGAAAGAAGAGUAACUUUCAAACAGGACAAAAAUAUCAAGACUAUCGGCGCCAUUGUGAUAGAAAACAACAACUCCACAACAGGUGGUGAGGCCUCACUCAUAGAGGGUGGACCGACCUACACGUUUGCUACCAUCAAAUUCAAAUCGAAGCGUAACCAUGGCCUUAACUUUAAUUUAUAUAUCUAUGAUUCUGCGUAAAGUCCGCUGUGCUUCGGUAAAGAUUAAUUAUUGGUGAAAUAAAAUAUAUGUACAUAUAUAAAAAGAAA